AAUUUUUUUUUAACGAAUAUACUUCAUUUCCUUUACUCGUUGAUUUCACUUCCUGCGAUUCUUUUCUUUUACCCCAAUAUGGCUGAUCAGAACGAAAGGGCAUUCCAAAAACAAUUUGGCAUCAAUCUUAACAGAAAACUUAAGCCUGGAGUGACGAAGAAGAAAGUUCUCCGUCGCUAUCGCGAUAUUGGCUUGGGUUUCAAAACCCCCCGUGAAGCCGUUGAUGGUACUUACAUCGACAAAAAGUGUCCAUUCACUGGUAAUGUGCGCAUUCGUGGUCGUAUUUUGACAGGAGCAGUCCGUAAAUGUAAAAUGCAACGCACUAUUGUUAUUCGACGUGAUUAUUUGCAUUUCGUUCGCAAGUACAGCCGUUUUGAAAAGCGUCAUAGGAAUAUGAGUGUUCAUUGCUCACCAUGCUUCAGCGAAAAUUUCCUUGAUAAUGUUGCUAGUGCAUAACUCUCGAUGGCACACAUGGCGAUACC